AUGGAAAACCAAACUACUACAAGUGGAUUUAUUCUUGUGGGGCUCACCAAUGUCACAUAUUUGCAGCCUUUCUGCUUCUCUGUGUUCCUGAUGAUGUAUGUACUCACACUAUUUGGAAACCUUCUGUUAAUCAUAGUGGUGAGAAUCAAUUCACGGCUACAGACCCCGAUGUACUUCUUUCUCAGUAACCUCUCGUUCAUUGACAUCUGCUUCUCCUCCACCAUAGUUCCCAAAAUCCUGAUAAAUACUUUGUCUCAAGACACAAGUAUAUCCUUCCUGGGAUGUGCAGCUCAGAUGUACUUCUCAUUAGCUCUUGGGUCAACAGAAUGUUUUAUAUUGGCCGUCAUGGCUUUUGACCGAUACGCAGCCAUCUGUAAACCAUUGCACUACAAUGUCAUCAUGAACAAGAAGCUGUGCUUCUCUUUGGCUGCUGGUUCAUGGGCUGCGAGUUUUAUAAAUGCAUUUAUCCAGAUUCCUCUCACUUUUCAGCUCCCGUAUUGUAGAUCCCACCACAUCAACCACUUCUUCUGUGAGAUGCCACCUUUCUUCCAUCUCUCUUGCAGAGACACUUGGAUCAAUGAAUUAUCAAUGUAUAUUGCCACUGGGAUUAUUGCAAUGUCCUCCUUUUUCCUCACUGUAAUUUCAUAUAUUCAUAUUAUUUCCACCAUACUGAAGAUCAGCUCCUCUCAAGGUCGGCAUAAAACUUUCUCCACAUGUGCUUCCCACCUCACCGUAGUGUCUCUCUUCUAUGGCACCAUUAUGUCCAUGUACCUAAGACCUCAUUCUGUUUACAUUCCUGAGACUGACAAGACAAUAUCUAUUCUUUAUACGACAGUGACUCCCAUGCUGAACCCCAUUAUCUACAGCAUUAGAAACGAGGAAAUCAAAGAAAAACUAUUGAAAUAG